CACACACACCGCCGGGUGAGUCGCCACUCCGUGCUGGAAGAUGGCUGCAGCUGGCCGGCCCCCGGUCAGGGAAGGGAUCCGGAUAAUUUUACUGUGUGUUUGCUGGUACACGGUCAGCUCGGGGGGCAACAUCGUCAACAAAAUCAUCCUCAAUGGAUUCCCGUACCCGGUCACAGUUUCUCUGUUUCACAUUAUUUCUAUCGUCGUCUUCCUCCCGCCGUUGUUGCGGGCAUGGGGAGUCCCCAAAACAGAACUGCCGAGCAGGUACUACCGGUGGUACAUCCUGCCUUUAGCUUUCGGAAAAUACUUUGCAUCUGUGUCGGCUCACUUCAGCAUAUGGAAAGUACCCGUUUCAUAUGCGCACACUGUCAAAGCCACAAUGCCAAUAUGGGUUGUGCUGUUAUCAAGAAUUAUCAUGAGGGAGAAGCAAACCACGAAGGUGUAUGUAUCGCUCAUCCCCAUCAUUGGCGGAGUGCUGCUGGCCACAGUGACUGAGCUGUCCUUUGAUGUUUCAGGACUAAUCAGCGCUCUGGCUGCCACGCUCUGCUUCUCUCUGCAGAACAUCUUCUCCAAAAAGGUGUUGCGAGACACAAGGAUCCACCACUUGAGGCUGCUCAACACCCUGGGAUUUAAUGCUGUGAUCUUCAUGCUGCCCACUUGGGUUCUCGUGGACCUCUCUGUGUUUCUGGUUAAUGGAGACCUGUCGGACAUCACAAGCUGGUCGGGUACCUUUGUCCUCCUGCUCAUCAGCGGCUUCUGCAACUUUGCUCAGAAUGUCAUCGCCUUCAGCGUGCUCAACCUCGUCAGCCCGCUCAGCUACGCCGUCGCCAACGCCACCAAGAGGAUCAUGGUCAUUAGCAUCUCACUGCUAAUGCUGCGCAACCCCGUCACUCUCACAAACGUCAUGGGUAUGAUGACAGCCAUAGUCGGUGUCUUCCUUUACAACAAGGCCAAGUACGAUGCUAACAAGGAGAAGAAGCUGCUGCCCAGCACCAAGGAGGACCUGAUGUCCUUUGACAACCCGGCGCUGGAGAGGAUCCAGGCCAACGGGUCAGUGCCUUUCUCCCACGGCUCAGAGCAGCAGCACAGCUGGAACAACGUGCUGACCGACCACUUCCAGUACAGCCGGCAGACCUACACGACAAACUACAACAGCAACCACCAGUAUGUGGUGUAAGGAGGAGUCUGUCCUCGCUCUGGGUCGCUGUCAUAGACAUUACUGUGUGUAGCAGCCCUCCCAGCAGUGGGUCUUCACAGCCCCAUACUUCAGACUGAAGGCAAGUGCUGUUUGUUCUGGAUGAAGAAGAAUGAGUCGAGUCGGUCAUGAUGGGACAGUGACGUGACGUCUCCCACGCUCCUCCCUGUCUAAACUUCACUUUCUCACAGCUUCGCUGUAUGUCGUUUAUUUAUUACUUUGGUACCAACUGUAUGUGACGGUUGAGAGAAAACAAAACUUAGAUCACUUGUUUUCUGACAUUUUGGUGACGGAUUCAGGCGUGCUAUCCAGACUCAGAAAUGUGCCACAGCAGGUGGCCACGUAAAAGUAGUUGUUAAAUGGUUUGCGCCUUACUGUCUGGAAAUGUCUUGAGUUUUUGUUUUCACAACCAACCAUGACUUAUUUUGGGGUGUUUUGUUCACUUUCAGAGUUGUCAGCUGUAAUUAUUUAGCGGGACUUGCACCACCAAGAGUCUGUCAUGUUAUAUUUUGUAACAAGCAAAGCUCAGUGGAAGGCCUUAAAGGUCCAGUGCGUAGGAUUUAGUGGCUAGAUAUAAAGAAAUUCUAAGGUAAUAAAAACACGGUUCAUAGUUUGAGGAAAACAAUUCUGAGUAUCACAGUGGCAUCCAAAAGUUUGCGCACCCGAGGUAAAAGACGUGUUGUUGUCUUCUUAUAGCCUUCCCCUGCUUUAUGGGCAUCAGUUUUAAUUUUCAGGUUGUUAGGCAGCUGCUUCAACGAGCCCAUGGCCGCUGAUUGUUGGGACAAGGUUUGAGGAUUUAUAAAGCUUUGAGAUUUGCAUCACAUGGCCUUUCCACACAAUGGUUGUGAUCAAGCCUACAAGCUGGUCUAAGACCUAAGUAAAAGUCCAAAUCUCUUGGGGGUGCCCAAACGUUUGCAUGGUGUUCCUUUCCUUUUUUCCCUCUAAAAUUAUGUAAAUCAAAAAUUACAUACUAAUCUUGCUUAAAAUGCUGGAAAAGAUGUUUCACAUUUAACUUUAUGCCGUUUGGAGAUCAGUUCAUCGUCCACUCAUAUAACUAUUCACAAUAAUGGAAAUUUUGACCAGGGGCGCCCAAACUUUUGAUGCCGCUGUAUACUCCAUAGAUCCCCCCUAACUUCAACACACUGGUCCUUUAACAUUUUGGUUUGAGGAUUUUGUAUUUGCCAUUUUUCUUCAUGAGGCACCUGUAAUGACGUGAGGAGAAACAACCGCUUUGAAUCGUUGCUCUCCGUGAAACAAAAAACAUCUACCGCUGUUUGAAAGCUUGAGGCAGGUGGAUUUGUUUGUGACUGUGGAGGAUUUUAGGCAACGGUCACUGAAAGAAUAGUUGGGAAAUCAGUGUUUUUGUAGUUCUGGUCUGAUGGUUUAACAAUUUGAUCAGGCAUUUUUUACCAUUCUAGAAGUGCAAAAUGUUUGUCGGCCUACCACCAGAAAUUCACAGUCCCCAGAGGACCAUGACUACUGCAUUAGCUUUUGGAUAGAUUGUCAUGAAAUUUGGUACAGACAUUCAUCUCUCUGUCAUGGUACACUAUAAUCACUUUGAUGAUCCUCUGACUUUGCAUCUAGCAACAACAUCAGAUUAAAUUUUUUUGUGGCCAAUGCUGUGGUUUAUUACUAAAUUCCUGCCAUCAGCUUCAGCUUUACUUGGUGUUAAUUAAUCUUUCUGAUUAAUGUUAGCAUACUAGCAUGCUAUGCUAACACAGUGAACAGCGUACCUGAUAAACAUCAGCAUGGUUGCAUCAUCAUUGUGAGCAUGUCAGCGAGGUAACAGCAGCAUUUAGUUGAAAGUGCUGCUGUGUCUGAGUACAGCCUCACUGAGCUGCUAGCAUGGCUAAUAGUCUGGUUUCAGUGUAUAUACUAGAGAUACUGUUGUAGAUACAGUAUGAAUAGGACUGCAUUCGCUUUCGAACAUGGUUCAAAACUACACAUGCCUGAUGAAGAAAAAAGGAAAAAAAAUCCACUCAUUGUGUCUGCAAGAAUCUGGUGCUCACAAACUUGCUCCACACACAGUUCAGUAAAAUUUCACUCAUACUUGUUGUCAGCAAGUGUUUUUAACUGCCACCAUCAGAGAACCAAGACAAACUUUCAUGAAACGAAGAGUGAGACCAGUUCUGUGACCCAGGACAGUCAAUGACCUCCCACAGGUAGAAAGAUCCACCAUUUGUUAACAUGGAACAUUAAUAAAUUAGAUGAAUAAAUUAGAUUUUGGUAAAUUAGAUCAACCAAAACAAAUCAUCCGCUCAUUCUGCAGACUGUGAGGAUGCUCAUGUUUCAUCUUUCUUGGGGACUCAAACCAUUUAAAAUGCAAUCGAGAUGUUAAAAUCCAUUGUUUUGCUGUCAUACUUUGGAGCUGAGUAAUCAAUUUAAAACAGUGCAUCGGUUUCAAUUGUAUUGAUUAUUGCUAUUUAUUGAUCUGCAAAGCUUCUCAGGCGGCGUACGAUUUUCUCCUGUCAGGCGUUUUUUUUUUCAGCCUGAACCAAAGCUGCUCUGUCAUGAUGAUGGUUUUUAAACAGGGUCCCGGUUUGAGUUUGCACGUCAUGUAAGAACACAAUGUGUUUUGCACAUGGUAGCGGUCGGUCAAGUGACUGUAUAGCUCUGGUGUUCAAGUGAAAGCAUUUAGGAAUUAUUGGUGUCAGACGGUCACUGGACUGACUUGUACAAAAUGUGGUUGAAAAAUUGUCAACCUGUUGUCGGUAAUAAUCAUUUAAUAAGGAAAACCUUUUUUACUGCUUGAACUAUUUAAUUUCAGCAACAUCUUGCUUUUCUCUUUGGAGAUAGCUAGUGUUAUCUCUGAUGCACAAUGAGCGUCUCACUGCGGCAAUAUAAAGACUUUAUGUUCUUUCUUUCUGUAAUUCAGACGUUUCUGCAUCUGAAAUCAACAUUGUGUUUCUGCUCAUUUAUUUUUGUAGGGACACAUUAAUUGACUUUUUGUAGAAGUGCCAGUUGUAACCUGUGAGCUUGUUUUCUCAGCUGUAGUCCCUGGUAUACGUGGGUUAGGGGAUAGUUUAGCUAUAUUCUAAUAAUACGGCUUUUUUUUAAUGUACUAUGUUUGCCUCCUUUGACAAAUUUUAAACACUGUCACAUUGUUUAGUCUGGAAAAAAACCUCAAAAAGCUCUGUGGGCUCAUUGCACUUUGGCUUCCCAGAGACAAACUAUUGCCAAUAAUUGUCUGUUAUCUUUUUUGAAUUAUAGAGCAAACUGGCUCUUACUGCUGAUAGUUUGUAGCUGACAUAGUUUGUAGAGAUUUGGGAACCCAAAGCUACUUUUCUCCAACAGGGAGAGAAAUCACCACCACUUUGGUAGAUAACAAAUAAAAAAAAAAGGCAUAAAGUUGCAUAAAGUUAGUUGUUUUGCACUGAUUGACCAGAAAACACUGUUUGUUGUAAUAUAGUGAAUUUCAGCAGCCCUGGAAUAAUAUCAUCCCUUUUCAAAUGUUUUGUUAAGACUGCGGCCGUAUUUGUUUGGACUUUGUGGUGUUAGACUGCGUUAAAUCGAAACGCUAAUGCAGAAGAUAUAACUCGGUCCACUGAAACACCACAAACACCUGCAUGGAGUUGAAUCAAAACCUCUGAGGCGGUGUCAGCCCAAAGGAAGCAUUAAUGUGGUGUCAAAACAUUACCAAUGUUUCCUGUAUCACCACUGAAUGAAAUCACUGUGCAAUAUGAAAGUGUUGCACACGAUGCCCAGACAACAGAGAAUUAACACUCUCUGCAGCUGUGCGGCACACUGAUUGGUUUUACAGCCACACAUAUCCUGUAUAGUCAAAUGCCACGGCUCUCAUCAACUCCUGCAAGCAGCUGUUUAAAGCACCAGUGAUGGAGCCCACAUGUGCUCCUUCCCAGCACCACCAACAAGCAGGCGGAUGUACCGAGUGGCUGGACAACAAAGUGGAGCAUUUAACAACUGAAGCACCACAUAUGUGUAAGGAAUGGACACCAGAACAAAGCUUAAGGAGUGGAUAUUACUGGUCACAUGGCCAGAAACCUGUAUAGAUAGAUAUUAUUUCUCAGACAUCUUCCUAGUCUCUACCACUUUUGUAUGAAGAUGCAGAUGUCUGAAAAUACUGCUUUGUCACCACCUGUCCAGAUAUAUUGCUAAAGACUGAGCAUCAAUCAGUAGCAGAGAUGCACACAGGUAACUUCAACCCAGAAUCAUAAAUAUUUACACAACAGCUUUGUUCUUGCUCCUUGAUAACUCAGAGCUGAAUGCCACACUGUUUCCUCGUGUAAAAAACAAAUCAUCACAAAUGCUUUCAAAUCCUGAUUAGCUGGUAAUUGAUUUAUUUGAACAAAGAUAGCCUUUCAUGGCUAAAUAAAACACACACUUCAUCUACAUAUCAGAUUAGUAAAAUAAAUCAGGUCAAAUGUGACACAUGGUGCACCCCCAGAUGAUUAGAUGGAUGCUUUAUGAGAAAAAAAAAAAAUUCAGGGGUGAGUGUGAGACAUCAGCUACUGAGGAAUCACCGGCAGACAUUACUGAAACUAUUCAAGGUGGGAAUGACACAUCGUCUCCUUUCGUAGUUCACAUGCACGGCAACAGUCAACAUGUGGAUGCAUUUUGACCACAAUGCAUUGGGAGAAAGGAAGAAGAGUGCAAGUCACAUUUGACCCUUUUGUUUAAAAUCACUGUCCACUGCUGCAGCUGCUGUUUUUAUGUCCUUCAUGGUUUUCUUCACGUCCCUCCUCAUGUUGCCAAAAGCAGAGUAUAUGUAACCUUUUUAAUGCUGAUGCACCACAGGAUGAAGCCCCGUUUGCAGGUGGAUGAUGUAAACACACACGUGGUACGGUGUAGGAAUUUCCUUAUGAUGUCGUUUCUCAGUGUCCGGCUGGCUGUUUGUGUGUGUACAGUGAGCGAACUGGGAGAACCGUUGAUUUGGAUGGUGGCUCUCUCUCCUGUAAAGCUUUUAACUGGGAUGUAAAUGUAAAUGAAUCGGGGUGGGGGGUUACUUUGUAAAACUUGUAUAAUUAUUAUUUUUGUGCGUCCUCAAUGGAUCUCGAGACAGAAUUUUUACUUAACCGAUGUUUAUAGAUUUUUAUUUAUGGUGUCAAGGUACAAAAAUGUUGUACAGAGGUGCAGCUAUGCACAGUCUUGUCUGCUUAUGUUUAGUAAAUGCUAUUUUUAAAUGUUGGGGGGGGAAUAAAUGCAUUAUGGAAUACUGUA